CUGGUCUUCUGUCUCCAGGGUGACCUGGUCUUCUGUCUCCAGGGUGACCUGGUCUUCCAGGGUGUCCGGGUUAUCUGUCUCUUGGUCGGCUGCAGAAGGAGCCCCCCACCGAUGCGCUCCUUGUGAUCUUUGGACCUUGUGACCUCCUCGGAUCUGGUGAAGGAGUCGGGACAGCAUGGAGGAGACGGGCGGGACGGGGGCGAUCGGGGCGCAGCUACCCGGAGGAGGCUUUGACCUGCAGAAAUUUGCCCGGCAGCCGCAGACCAUCGUACGGUUCUUCAGUUGGAUCUUCUCCAUCGUGGUGUUCGGCACGGUGACGGCGGAGGGCUGGGUGAACCCGCGGGACCGGCCCGAGGCCGAGUGCGUGUUCAACGGGGACGGCUCCGCCUGCCGCUACGCCGUGGGGGUGGGGGUCCUGGCCUUCCUGGGCAGCAGCGGCUUCCUGCUGCUGGACGUGGCGCUGCCCGCCAUCAGCGACGCCCGCCGGCGCAGAUACGCCGUCAUGGCCGACCUGGGCUUCUCCGGCGUGUGGUCCUUCCUGUGGUUCGUCUGUUUCUGCCUGCUGGCCAGCCUGUGGGGUCAGACCAGCGACGUCCGUGGGAUCCCGGAGGACGCCGCCCGCGCCGCCGUCGCCUUCUCCUUCUUCUCUAGCGCCACCUGGGCCAUCCUGACCUACUUCGCUCUCAGCCGCUAUCGCCACGGCAUGGACGGCGUCGCCGUGCCGACCAGCAUGGAGCCCCCGGCGGCGGCCCCCACCGCCUACGUCACCACCCCCUACGCCCCCACCUCCUACUCCCACAGUGCCUACCACCCCACCACCUACCCCGGCUUCCCCAGCGGGGGGGGGGGCGACCCCUACCAGCAGACCCUCUUCACGGCCGGAGCCCAGCCACAGGGGGGCGGGGCCUACCAGCCCCCCCCCUACUAGGAUACCGAGGGGGGGGUGGGGGCGUGGGAAGACCCCCCCCUCUGUGGAGGUGGAGGAUCCACUCCUCUGGACAGAGCGUCUGCGCUGAGCUACAUCACCGAGCUACGUCAUCGAGCAACGUCACCGAGCUACGUCACUGAGCUACUCCACAGAGCUACGUCACGGAGCUCUGUCACCGAGCUACGUCACUGAGCUACGUCACCAUGCUACGUCACGAGCUACGUCACUGAACUACGUCACUGAGCUACGUCACCAAGCUACGUCACCAUGCUAC